AUGCUGAAACUGCUCUUUGCCCUGCAGGGCCCCACUCUUGGUUGGUACUCAGAUAUUCCUUUCAGGUUUAGUCUUUGGCCCUUGCAGAUUCUGAUCUUGGCUCCUACUCGAGAGAUUGCUGUGCAGAUCCACGCUGUGAUCACGACUAUUGGGGUGAAAAUGGAGGGCUUGGAAUGCCACGUCUUCAUUGGGGGGACUCCCCUGAGCCAGGACAAAGUCAGGCUGAAGAAGUGCCACAUAGCGGUGGGCUCCCCAGGUCGAAUAAAACAGCUCAUAGAGUUGGACUACUUGAAUACAGCCAGUAUCCUGCUUUUCAUUCUUGAUGAGGCAGACAAGCUGCUAGAAGAAGGCAGUUUUCAGGAGCAAAUCAAUUGGAUUUACUCUUCGCUACCAGCCAAUAAACAGAUGCUUGCUGUUUCAGCGACUUAUCCCGAAUCGUUAGCUAAUGCUUUGACCAGGUACAUGAGAGAGCCCACCUUUGUGAGGUUGAACCCUACUGAUCCAAGUCUCCUUGGGCUGAAGCAGUACUAUAAAAUUGUGAAUUCCCACCCGCUUCCGCAUAAAACAUUUGAGGAAAAAACUCAGCACCUACAGGAGUUGUUCAGCAAGGUUCCAUUUAAUCAAGCCUUAGUCUUCUCAAAUUUGCAUAGCAGGGCUCAACAUCUAGCGGAAAUACUGACAUCCAGAGGCUUUCCUGCUGAGUGCAUUUCAGGCAGCAUGAAUCAAAAUCAACGACUUGAUGCUAUGGCUAAAUUAAAGCAAUUCCACUGUAGAGUUCUGAUUUCCACAGAUUUGACAUCUCGCGGAAUUGAUGCUGAAAAAGUGAAUCUGGUUAUCAACCUGGAUGUACCUGUAGACUGGGAAACAUACAUGCAUCGUAUUGGCAGAGCUGGGCGCUUUGGAACUUUAGGCUUAUCUGUGACAUACUGCUGCCGCGGAGAGGAAGAAAACAUGAUGAUGAAGAUUGCUCAGAAGUGCAAUCUUCAGCUGCUUCCUCUACCAGAGCCUAUACCUCCUGGAAUGAUGGAUCACUUUGAAGAUGGGGAGGUAGAAGUCAAAACUGUUAUAUAUACAGGUGCUUCAGUGAAUUCUGACACUGUGUGUCUUAGACCAGAGGAACCAGUACUGCAGCCUGUCCAACAUAGUUUUUCAGAGGUACCUCAGCCUCUUUCUAAUAUUCCAGGCGCUACUUCUUCUGUAGAAAGGCCAAAAAAGGCUCUGAAGCAAAAGCAGAUAAAAAAAUGCACAAAUUCUGCAAACCCAGAAAAAGGUAGUAGAAACCCCCAAACUUCCAGCUGCCACAUGGAACGGAGGAGUCAAUUCAAAACUGUGUCCAGAACGGAUGGACAACGUAACACUCAGUCUCCAGAUGAGGAGGCCUUAAAAAAGAGCCUUCCCAGAAUUCCGUGCUUGUCUUCUUUCAAAAACCAACAGAACAAUCCCUGGAGCUUAGCAGCGUUUGUUGAAGACUAUGAGUAUUUCAUUAAAGAAGGGUUGGAGAGAGAGGUUGAAAUCUUAAGGAGCUAUUCAGCCCCGGGAGAACAGCGUGAGCUCCUCAGAAAUGGUGUAGAGUGGCAAGAGGUGGAACAUAAUACAGAGACGGCAGGAAACGGUGUGAUGUCUGGUGACAGUGAUGGUUCGUACAGUACCAGGGCUUCCUCCAAUAGUAGGGAAAACAACUCGUCCUUUGAGGCAUUGUCAGACACGCAGGAGAAGGAUGCUGUUCCCACAGUGCGUCAGGGUCGUGCAGGCUGCUGUCCUACACCAGAGAAGCCUCAGGAGCUAUCACAAGUCCCAAAGCAAAAUCAAGUGAAAAAGAAAGUUCUGAAACAAAACGCUAAACAAAAGAAAAGCCAUUGCCAUCAAUUCCCUAGCCCUUCCACGAGAAAAACUGAAGACGACUGCUCCUGCAGCUCUUGGGAUGAUGGUGUUCCCUACAACGCUUGGAGUUACAAAAACUACUGGAAAUCUUAUUAUGAAGCAUGGCAAAACUACUAUGCUGCAGUGUCUCACUAUAGGAAGAGUUACAGGCAGUUUAACUGGAUGAAUGCCUAUCACGUCAACUCAGUCUAUCUUCAGGAACUGCUGAAAAGUGGAGACUGA